GUCUAAGGUCUUUUUUCUUGGGUCCUUCCGAAGGGGGUGAUGCUUGUAAUUAGAUAUUUUUUAGCGGAUCGGAUGUUUUUCAGGGCGUUGCGUGGGACGAGUUUCUUUACCAAGGGUGACGCAAAGGGAUAAAUGAAUUUUCGUGCUUUUUCUCUGGCAUUCUUUCGUUAUGGGUGAUACCAGGGCGCCUGUAAUUAGUUAUUUUCGAUGCAUUAGACGUUUUUUGGGGAUUGUACGGGACGAUGAGUUUGACGUUCGUUGCUUGAGAUUCUUCGCUGAGGGUAACGCACGAGUGUAUCCAGUUUCCGGCAGAAGUGUGAAACACCGUGUCGUGUCGUUUAAACGUGCGUCGAGCAAACAUGAUUAAAUUGGUGGUUCAGCGAUCGUGCGCCAAGAUGGACGAGUUGAUUUCGAUCGAACUGGAAAUCGUGUUGCCGUUUUAGCGACGUGAAAGCAUUUGAACAAGUUCUAUUCAUCGAGACUGGACGCGUCCUUCAAGGAGAUCGCACAACGUCGACAGGAUUCUUUUUCGGAAAUGAUCGCUUCCUCGCAGCAGUACAAGAUCCAAGCCUGAAUCGAGACGAUUGAAUCCUCAGCAACGAAAGAUGAGUUUCACGAACAGCCACCGUACCACCGUCGUUCUUCGACCAGUCUCAAUUUCAAUCUCGAUCUCCACGUGGUCGAUCACCAGCGUCACUCAGAUUAACGACAAUCACGGGAAAAUAGGAAUUACCUUGAAGAAUAAUAUCGAGGACAAUCAUUUCGAAGAAUAGUUUUAGAACUACGCAAGCUUCCGCCGAUAGAGCAGCAAGACGACGAGUGAAAUCCAGGGAAUUGCAGGUCGUCGAGUCGACGAAAGAGGAUCAGUGAGAUGCCCGGUUCGCUGUGAAAAUGCUGGUGGACGAUUGCGGCAGCGCUAUGGGGUGGACUUCGGCCAGCGUGCGCGGGGGUUGGUCCACCCCGGGCGGCUGUAGGAAUUCCGCGAUGAACUUCGGUGGUAGCGUGCCCUCCCUUCACCCAGCUGGCUCGAUAAGAUCGCUCCGAUCCCAGCAUUCUAUGCAGGGCAUACCGGAGACACCGCGAAGAUGUAUGCACUGCCAUCCGGUACACGUGCCGAGCACCCCGAACAAUUACGUGCAUCAUCCAAUGCAGUAUUACACGCCGAGCCACUGUCCCGAGCCCAGGAACGGUAUCUACACUCCUCAUCGGGGCAGUUCCUAUCACGGUGAUACUCGAAUGCGUUACAUGGACGCAGAGGGAAGUCUGCAUGAUGGUAUGAUCGGAAAUAGUAAUUGGGUGCUCGGUGAUUUGAGAAGUCUUCAUCGUUGUGUGCCAGCCUUUCGUCGUCCAGGCAUAGACGUCGCCGCCAUGCGAACACAUUUCUAUCCAGAGGGUGGCUGGGGAUGGCUGGUUUGCGCAGCCGGGUUCCUCGCCCUGUUGCUCACCACUGGAAUGCAGCUCGCUUUCGGGCUUCUUCAUGUUCACGCUGUGCGACGAUUCGGCGAGGAACAUCUCAUGGAUCUGGCGUGGGUUGGCGCAUUGAGCGCUGCGGUCUCCCGUGGAUCGGCACCCUUGGUCGUUGGCGCGUGUCGCCGUGGAAGUACAAGGCUUACAGCGGUGAUCGGCGGUCUCGUGCUGGCAUUGGCCUCGCUCUUCACCUCGUUCGCCGCAGAAUUGCACCAAGUCCUCCUUAGCUACGGCGUGGUACUGGGCACCGGUGCUGGCCUCGUGAGAGAAACUGCCGGCCUGGUGCUGGGCCAUUACUUCAGAAAACGGCGGGAGUUCGUCGAGAUGGUCGUGCAAGCCGGCACGGGGGUGGGAAUAGUGCUCUUCAGCGUCUUCUACAGGGAAGCUGUCGGAAAGCUGGGCUGGGAGCGUGGCAUGCAGUCAGUAACCGGAGCUCUGUCGUUGGCCUUCUUCCUGGGCUUGAUUUACAGGAGCGCCUCUCUCUAUCAUCCGCAACGACGGGCCAUGUUACACGUGAAGAAUCAACGAGGUGGCAAGUUGAAAGAGAAGAAGACCGCGUCGAAGCCACCAAGACAGCCAUGGGUGGAUCUCAGCCCUCUAGGUAGUCGGCCUGUCAGGAUGUUGAUGUUGGCCGCUGGGGCAGCCGGUUUCGGCCUUUAUACGCCCGCCUUUUACAUCGCUAUCCAGGGCCACAAAGAUGGUUUGGAGGCGAGUGCAGUGGUACUUUUGCAGACUUGCCUGGGUUUGGCAGCGACACUCGGCUGCGCAGCUUGGGGUGUCGUUACCGCGAGACCAUCUGCCCAAUGUCUAGUGUCCAGGCAAUAUCUCUGUCAGGCAGCACUACUCGGAGUUGCCAUAGCUCAGGUGGCUUUGGGCAGCGUGCAAGGUUACCACGGGCUGGUUCUGGCUUCCGGUUUGUACGGCGCAUCCCUCGGCGGCGCACUUUACUCCCUAAAAAUGCUGGCCCUCGAAAGACUGAGGGCAAAACACUUUGCACGCUCCUGGGCACUCGUGCAGGCCGCAGAAGCUUUACCUAUUCUUCUCGGAGUUCCUCUUACUGGUUACAUGAACGCGAACAGCUCGAGGGUGGGUUACUACGCGUGCACGUUAAGUUCCUUGUGCGGUGCAGCGUUGCUCUUCCUGGUUGGCUGGGGUCGCCAGCCGGCGUCUCCUCUACUUCCUGGCUCGCACCUCUCCAACGUGACCAUACCUCCGCCGUGUGCCUGUCCUCCGCCGCCAAGGCCAAGGUUGCCAAAAUCACAAUCGUUACACGUUCCCUUGGACAUGGAGGAGAAUCUUCGGGACAGAGAAAUGGAGAGGAUGCACACUGCCGAACAUUACUAUCAACCGCAAUUCUACGGGCCUCUGAGACCUAGCAAGAGCGUUCCAGAGGGUCUGAGUCAUCAGGAUUCCUACAGGAGUCGGCCGAGACGGCACAGAGACGUCACGGUGAUCGAACAAAUCACCACUAGCGUUUGAAUCAAUUAAAAAUUGGAAAAACCAGGAGAAGGGACGAAUAUAAUUGAUUGGUUGUUGGAGACAGUUGGAUACGACGAUGAUCAAGCUUGGAGCUAUGAUGGAGAAUUCUUGGGAUUUGUUGAUUGUUAGUUGUUUGAAGUUAGAUCUGGUUAAGUGUUAGAAUGUUGUACGUGGCGAGAGAAAUUUUUGAUCUAAAAUGUGCCAACUUCGUUCAAACGUAGCUCUUAGCUUCUUAGUUUAAAAUUUAAAUGAAGUGUAAAUUUAUAUAUAACAAAUUUGGCAUCACUUUUUCAUUCGUAUCAUCUAUACACAAAAUUGUCUAGUUUUAAAAGAUUCAAGUACAAUUUUUUAAAUGAUUAAAACUAAGUUUACUAUUAAUGUAGAAUUAUGCCAGAAAUGUCAUAUAUCAGUAUUAUUAUAUUAAUAUUAGAUAAGUUUCUUACGUCUUGACAUAUAGCUGAAUGACCAAAGGAUUUUUUAAGUUAUAAUAGAAUUCUAAACUAACUCUAAUCCCUUUAUGUCCAUACAUUUUAUAGAGCACACAGUGAUUUCAAACUCUUGAUUAAAAAUAUUGAAACAAACUAACAAAAAUUCAAGAAAUAACAAAUCUCUUGCUGACACAAGUUUGGAAUUCGUUUACGUAUAAAAUAGAUUCCUAUGAUAUUCGUUUCUAAAGAACACUUUUAACUUUAAAGAAUAUUAUCGUUGUUACAUUCUUGGUCUAUAGGACAAUUUGGGUUAACCAGAUCUAUCUUAGGUGACCGAACAUGGUUCGCGUAAGAAGGAUAUUGUGGAGGAUAUAAUUGUCAGGGAAUUUUUCAUCGUUAUUUACAUGAAUCUGUACGUGCUCUGCUCAGUUGCUUUCACGAAGAAGGAAAGAAAAAGAGAAAGACUCGCAACAGCUUGCCUUGAAGACUAUAAUCUAAGAGAAUGAAGGAUUUUACGAUAAAGGAAAGAUCUUUACGACCGCUGUGAAUCCGAUAUUGUACCGUUUUCUGUAAGAUUUGAGAAUCGCAGAGUGGAGAGCACGUUCUCUUUCUGGGAAUUUUUCACGCCUUCCGGUGAAUAAUCGUACAGAGUUUGAGCGUGUUAAAGAGCGACCUUUUAACCAGUUUAAAAGUUACUGACUGUAGUACCGAUUCUACUUCAUGGAACCAUAAAAUUGAUUUCCUUUAAUCGAACCAUAAGUUUGUUGAAAACUAGGUAUUACGACUUUCCUAAACCUAAUUGAUUAUUCGAGAUCACAAAUAAAUGAGCAAAUUUUUACUUGAUUUUAUCGCAAUUAAAAGAACUCAGGAAAAUAUUAAUAUAGAUAUUAGAAUUUACAAUACUUAAAUUAAAUAAUUUCUUAUAACAUUACGCACUUUUUGUACUGUUAUUAUUAUCUGAUGUUUUAUAUUAAUUUAUACUAUUCCAUUAUUAACUAAAUAUUCUAUUUAUGGCAAUUAUUAAUAUAUUUUCAAAACUUGUUUUCCCGUAUAGUUAAACACCAUAAAAGUUAAAUGACGUUAGUCAAAUUCAUCUUAAACAACUUCAUAGCUUUUUUCUUAUCUUUGCUUUUCCUUUGAAAGUAGGCACAAAGAAGAGACUCUGUCCUCUGUCUAUUCAACGUUCUCUUUUACUUAACUUUUAACCCCCAUAUUUCUUCAAAUCUCUCCCAUUCGUCGGCAAACAAAAGCCAGAUUACGCGUAGGCUUUGAAACGCCAGAGAACGUCGCUCCCUAAACCACUUAUCCCACCCUUUCGUUCAGUAUCCGAAUUACGUGCCCGGAAACAAAUGCGCCAAAUGAUUCUCAAUCGUUCAUUAUACAGGGUGUUCCUAAAUUGGUGAUCCAAUUCGAAAGAAGACAAAUUUAAGAUUCAUGAAAUUCGUAUUUGAAGUACUCCAUUACACAAACUUAAACUAUUAUAUCAAAAACGAAGUACAAAUGUUUUUCGUUUUAUAUUGUUUUUAUCCUAUACACCUUUUCGCGUUCCUUUUCCCUUAUCUUUCUUUUCUUGUUUCGUUCCUUGGGUGAUUUUAGUUCCAAUAGCAAAAUCUCUGUAGUUAACGUCUUAUUACGAACAUUUAACGCAAAGAAUUUGGCACAGGCAUAUCCUUGCAAAUAUAAUUAAAAAACUGAAGCUUAUAUAAACGAUUGUUCAUUUGCUAAAUACUAUGACGAAUGCUAAAUCUCAACUUAUUUAUACUUCUCCACUUAUCACGUGCAUUUUGUACAUUUUGCUGCCUUCAAAUCUCUCACAAAUGCAUAAAAAUCUAACAAGGAAAUUAUAAAUAUUCUAGAAGAUGGAGUUGCGUGAUAACUUUAGCCUCCGAGAAGCUCAUAUUAUUUAUUUAAUUAUUUACUUUCCCAUGAAGCCGCUCCACCGGAUUGAGCCGAUCUUUCAAUCGCAUUUCUCCUCUCUACUUUCCCAACGCCCAAGCUUCUCAUCUCUCCUACUUAGCUUCUACUUAAAUCCCACAACUUAAACUUCACCUCGCAACAUCUACCUCUUACGUUGCUUAUUCUCUACAUGUCUUCGCUACUCGCAUAUUCGCAGCGUCUACGCUCCGAUAACAUACGAAUCCGAACAGAAACAUAUUUCCUGAGUUUCCUUUUUGUACCGUCAUUAUUAUUUGAUGUUUUAAAUUAAUUUACACCACUCCAUUAUUAAGUAAAUAUUCUAUUUAUGGCAAUUAUUAAUCUACUUUCAAAAUUAAAAAUACAAACUUAAAAUGUCGUUAAAUACAAAAUAUGAGACUCUAACGAUUCUGAUAUUGUAUCACCGUUUGGGUAGCACCCUGUACAUCAUCAUCCCCCUUCCCUACCCCUACCGCAUAUUUCCAUAAAUUUAGCAGCGAAGCCACGUGGAAACACGAGCCCUCAUCGUUGCUCUUUAAAAUCCGACAAUUAUUGGCCGUUGUUGCGCACGGCCGGAAAGCGGAAGAGCAGAGCGCGGACCGGCGCGGAGGGAAACGCGUAAUCCGGCCUCGGUUCGGUUAAUCGAAACGAUCUUUUGUGCGCGCAAUAUCCGUGAACAAUACGAGCGGCUAUUAUCGCGACGUCGUCCCCGGGUAUAUAUGCUUGACAACGCGCGCCUCGGCUGACAUCGAAAUCUCGUUGUCAUCGGAAAUUCUAUUCAGUCGGGCCCGAUUGGCAGAUGCCAGGCAAACGAUGCGUGUCGACAACACGAUGGCCCGCGUUCAAGACCGCCCACGGCCGAAUUACGCCCGCAACGUUCCAUCGCCGAUCACUAAAUUUUCGAGUUUACAUCGAUUAUACCGGCGAUCGACGCGUAAGUGGAUGAUUACCGGGAUCCGAACGCUUCUGGCGAACGCGAGUCACCGAUCAAGGCGGAGAAAGCUCGAAGUGACUUCUUUCGAUGGUUUGCUUUGUUGAGCGCCAAUUUCAUAUUUUUUCCAGAUUGGUGUUCUGCGUUCUUUUAGCUUAUUCGUCUCAACUUUUUUCUAAUUAUCCAUUUUAAUUUAUCGGCGGUAGAACGCGAUGAUUUCUUAAAAAUUUCACUUUUGGAGGAAUGCCUCGUGUGUUUCCUUUAGUUCGACGAGUAUCGAGGGAAAAUGUGACGAUGCAGAGCUGGAUUUCCAUGGUCGUAUUUAUCGGAGGACGAUCUCAGCUUCUUUUAGUUUCUCGAGUAUCGAGGAAACGUAGGGUAACGAGAAGUGGAGUUUUGUUUCUCAGUUGUUGAAAUAUUAGAGCAUUUAUUGAGUACCGAGCAAGAACAGGAUAAUGGACAGCGGUCUUUUAAUUGGAUCUUUGUUGGAUCGAAUUAUAACGCGCUGCGAUAUUAAAGGAUCUAUCGAGUGUGGUGGAAAGAUAGGAUGAUCGAAAUGUGAAUCUUGGAUUGAAUUUAGUAGACUGUUGCCACGUUAGAGUAUUUAUCGCGUAUUGGAGAAACGCAGGAUAAUAGAAAGUGGGCUUUUGCUUGUUAGAUGUGGUUAAAAUAUUAUAGAAUUUAUGGAAUAUCGAGGAGAGAUAUGAUAACAGAAAAUGGAUCUUCAGUUGGAUUCUUAUUAAUUAGUAGCUGUUGAAACAUUAGAGAAAUUCCUUAGAAGUACUUUUAAAAACUGUAGCUUCGACUGGAGUAAUAAUACCAGUUGUAUCUUGAAGAAUGCAACAGUAUGACAGUGAAUUGUUGCUUAACUUUUGUAAUAAUGAUAGUAAUAUGAAUUUCUCAAGGAAUUUUUUUAAAACUAGUUUAACUAUAAUUUUCUUCUUUAUUAUUUGUAAAUGAUCGAUUUACCUGAAAUAAUAAAUUUAUUCCAUAUUGAAGCACGAUUCAUGCAAGAUAUGAUUUAGAUUGUCAGAGUUGAUUGUGUGAAUAAAUAAUGUUAAUUGUUGGCUAAUAGUUAAAUGAAUAAUCUAGAUGAUUAUUGAACCAAUAACAUGAUGUAACUAUUUUAAUCAUUAUGAUAUUAAUCGUUAAUACAUAUAAUAAUAAUAAUAAUGAUAGGUAAAUAUGUUUAGUUAACGAAUUACUAGAAUCAUGUUCUCCUUAUUUAUAAUAUCGAUUGUUAAAUUCAAUUAUUUCAUUAAUAAUUCUAUUCAAUUAUUGUUUAACAAAUUAUUAAAUUAUUCGAUAUUCUAUGUAUAGGCAUAGAGAACGUAAAAAUGAUCAUCUGGUGAAAUGAAGCAAAAAUCAAAAGAAGACACUUCGAGUUCCUCUAAUAAAAAGAAAAAUACGACCGAUUAUUUGGAAAAGAUAACUUCGAUGACUCGAAAAGGCGAGAUAAGCGUGAAUGUUAAUAAAGACAACUGGUAGAAUCAAACGUGAACGCAAGGAGAGAUUAUGAAUGUUGGGAGAAACGAAUCUUAAAAUGCACUAUGAAGAGAUUUUAUGCCACUCGCUUGUCGAUGGUGGAAAGUGAAAUGGUGUUAAGAUGUAUGAUGUAUGUAAAUGGAAUUUAUAUAGUCUAUCUGAUCUAUAAUUGAAGUAUCAAAGUAAGUUAGGGAAAUACUUAUUCGUGUUAAUGGUUUCUUAGUUACGAUGUUACUGUGAGAGAAGUAUCUGUCUAUAUAUUUCCUUAUUUAAUCAUCAUCCUACUAUUUCAAAUUCUUCAAUUUUGAUAUCGAGAAACAUUCUCAUGCAAUUAAGUUAUCUUCUCGUUGUAAUUUUUUAACAAGUUCCAAACAUCCACAUAUUUCAAUGCAGAGGUUGCAAUUUGUCUUCCUUCGUGACUUGAAAGAAUUCUAAGCUCCUAAACGUUUACACCUGAAUUAGGAAAAAGAAUUAUUUAAAUGCAUUGUUUUAUGUUUUCAAUAUUAAAAAAGAAGAGUUGCCCCUGUUGUAGCUUUAAGAAAUAGCAAACUCGCAAACGUCUCAAUGGAAAAUAUUCCAAAAAUGUCUACAUAUAGAGAUAGGUCAUAUGUUUUUCUCGUUUGUAUCGUUUAAAAGGCACUCGCCCAUUAACAAAUGGAUCGAUACUUCCCUCCCGUGUGUGUUCACGAAAUAAUAUUUAGAGACUUAAAAGAAAGAGAAGCACAGAAGGGCGAAAGCAAAAGGAAAGUGGAAUGCAGAACAAAGUAACAGAAAUAUCGUGGCAGCAUGAGAAAAGGAGAUUCGAAUUUCUAGAGAUAUAAAAUAUACAGGAUGGAGCUGGUCUCCAGGAUCGUCACAUCAGAAUCGUUAGAAACUUUGCUUAUGUUUUAAUAUACACUAUCGUAGAAACCUGGGAAAGUAAGUACAAUUUAGGAACAAUUGAAAUGUACGCAUACCUACGAUUUAACGAAAAAAAAAAAAAAGAGUCAGAAAAGACACACUCAUGAUGGAAUAUGUCGACGAAUCUUGUGUAAUUCGUGUAUAAUAUAUCCAAAAGCUCAAUUAUUGUCUCUGUUAGAGAGACGAUCGUUGUUUCCUUUCGAGUUUCUAAGUAAGAUGAAAGAGUAACAGAGGAAGAAUAGACUUUUAAAGAAAGAAAAGCUUGUACAGCCUGCAAACAAGUAUUCAACUUUAGUAGUUCACUGAACUUUUCAUUCAGAUUCUAGUAGAAAUUCCUAUUAAAAGGGAAUCCUUUAUUUGAGGAUCCAGGACGAACAAUCGAGAAACACGUGAAGUCAAUAUUAAUCUUUGGCUGAUGUCACUCGCUCUUUUAUUUGAUAAUAGCGAAUAGCAUGCUUUGUCUGAUAACAAAAUUUAUGGUGUUAUUGAAAUCUUAUUUUGCACGCUAUGGUAGUGUUUUAAUAGUUUCAACGUGCCAAGAAGAAGAUUUAAGAGUGAGUAAAUGCUACAGGAAGGUUGCAACAAUGAUUAGAAAAUCAUAUUUUAUAACAUUAAAAAGGAAGAUAAGUUUAUUCAUAGAAUUUUGUUAUAAAAGUUAAGUUUAAUUGUUAAAUAAAUACAGCUAUUUCGAAUUUUAUUUUACACUUUGUGGACGCUCAAUCUGCAAGUUAAACGACCUCUAAAAAUUUAUGUUGAAAAAUGUUUAUUUAAAUUAAGUGAAACCCGUAUAAACGAGUUUUGCGAAUUGAAAAAAAGCAAGUAGUCGUUAUAGAACUACUACGAAACUUUUAAUUUACUACACUGAAUCUCAUUCUGAAUUUCCCACGCUAUUCGCCUUUAAAUAGCCACGAUUUAAAAACGUAACCGGUUCUAUUAAGAAGUAUAACUCGUUUUGUAUCGAAUCAAAACUAUCUAAAUUAAUUUGUUGAAUUCUAAAGAACGGUAAAACUACUCUAAGACACAAAGAAGAAUAAGAAAUCCAGAAGAACGUCCACGAUGUUUCGUAGAUAAUUUCUUUCUCGGUUGAUUUUUUCACGUGACUUGUGCAUGAUUCGAGGGAAUCUUCGUUGUGAUAGGAUUUCGAGAGGACAGGAAUCAAAACUAGAUUACAGCAAAGUAAUUGCGCGAUCGAAUUGACGAGAAUCAAAACUAGAUUAGGAUAAAAUCGUCGCAGCAAUCUCUUCGCAAUGUCUGACGACAUCAGCCAAAGGUUCAGCCAUUCAAUUCCUACUAGCUCUUAAAUAAAAACAACUCAUCUCGAAGACUUUGAUACACAGCAAACGAGUCACCGAAUGAUAAAGUGAUUAGUACCUGAAUAUUAAGUGUUCUAGGUUUACGCGACGAUUCAGCCACGCGAACAUCGUUUGUUUAUCGCGAAUCAAACAAAAGUAUCAACUCCCUUUCACGCGAUAGACUUUACUGUGGGUUUUUUCGGAUCGGCUCUUCCGAGACCAUCGUGGUACAAGCUUCUGAGAUGGAAAAUUACGAAGAAAAGGGGAAUUAAAAAACGCCACGAGAACGACUACAAAGUUGAGAAGAACGAUUCGCUUUGCUAAUUAGAUUAGAUAAUCCCAUAAAAGGGACACAAUAUCGUCACGCUUCCGCUUCUUGCUGUCACUUGUCGCGCUUAAAUUGCUGUCCAAGACCUUUCGAAAGUCGCGUCGUUACUUGAACGUUGCUAAUUGUAAGUAAAAUAAGUAGACUGUGGAUAGAGCUACUAGACGCGUGUAAAUUACGCAGAAUGCGCAUAUUACGUAAAAAUAAUAUCCCAAUUUUUUCGGACAAACGUCGUGAGGAUGUUGGGUGGGCAUAAACGAAGGAAAAGUGUUCAUUCGAAGGUUGGGUAAAAAGUUACGAAAAAGAUCGAAAAUAUCAAGAGAAUAAUACGCUUGAGUUUUCGAUAUUGCUCGAUCAAACGCUAAACUUUUACGUUGAAUGAGAAAAUAUAUUCGAUAAGACACAGAAUGCGCGGUGAACAGGAUACGAAGAAUAUGAGAGAAGAUGAAAUAUAAUUGAAAUGAAUUUUAUAAAACAGUAAAUUCAAUUAUUUCCUUUUUAUUGCUGAUACUCUUGUAUCUAUCGACAGAAACGAUCAAGACUUCCGUAUUUUCGUAUCUCUUAUCUCAACUAGUACAAAAUUUGCCCGGAAAAACUGGACAUGCUAUUUGUUAUAAUAUUCAAUAAACUUUGUAUUAUUGUAUUAUUUCAGUUAUCUUAUAAAAAUAUCAAUUUACGUAAUCGUCCACAGUCUACUAACGAAGAAAGCGAAAAAUAUUUGGUAGUGAUAUGAAAAAUCAGAGGAUCAUCAGCGAACUUGCAAAGCUUCAGAUUUUUCAAUUGUAUCGUAAUUUUGGUAACUCAAAGCGUAAAACGUUCCAUUGUAUUUAAGAUACUUUGCGUUUGGGAAAUGAUCCUCUUAUAAUCGCGGAAGAAACUUUACGUUGUUGUAAAAGCAAAUUAAUAUUUUACUGCGAUUGUUAACGAAUUACGUUGAACAGUCAUAGACUGAUGAAACUUUCAACGACCAAUUACUGCAAUUAGCGAAAUGUGUAACGUGAAAUUUUGUUUGAAGGAAGAGAUGAACGAAAGCAUCACAAUUCAUCGAAGCACAAAAUCAGUAGAAAUUUAUAUCUACUGCAGCUUCUUCGAGUAACAUAACCAACGUGGUACCUUUAUUAGAAAAAAAAAAAAAAGACAUAACUCAUAAGUACCAACGAUAUAAAAAGUUUAACGAAUCGUUAAGAACGUGUCGUAUAGUUUUUAAUGUACGAAGUUUCGCCUAGUUAGAUGGACGAUAUACGAAAAUUUCCGCGUGAAGAAAAAGAAAGAAGAGAAGAAGGAUCGAUGUAUCGUUCUUUUUAAACGAUCCCUAUUCCAAGAUGUUCAUACUCUUCGUUGAUUCUCUUUGUGGUGAAUUGUUUGUAUACUGCCAAUUUUUAUAGAACACUGUUCGCAUAAUAAUUCUUCGACACACUUGUAUCUUCUUGAACGAUCAAGCGUUUGAAGUGUAAUAUCCAAGAGUGGGAAGAGCGAAUUAAUUAAUCAACUAAGAAGAACUCACUCGUCAUAGGAUUAAUUGUCUUUAUCGAACACUUUACCGUGUGUUUUUCCCACGACUUAUUGUAUGUCGAUCAAUCGCGACGAACGUCGAGUGAGAAGCCGGAGAUGCGAAUUCUCAACUCUUUAAAGCCGCAAUUUCAUUCCGUUAAGGAUCAACAUUCUGUUAAUCCAACGUUGUUUAAUAUUCGAGUUUAAUCUAAUAUUAGGUAAAUAUUUAAAAUAGCAAAUUUUGUUUAGCACCUUGAGGUUUAUGUAGAUGCUUCGUUGAUCUAAUUGCUUUUCAUAGAUAGAAAUUGCUAUUUCGUCUUCCACAUAGACUGCAGAAUUUUACGGAGUAUGAAAUAUUGAAUUUGAUCAAUUAUUUCUAUUUCUUAAAUUAUUGAAACGUUUUCGUAUUUCUAAUUUUUCGAAUGAACUUCAGUGAAGCAUUUACUAAUCUAAUGCGUUUUCGUAGUUUAAUGAAACAAUAUACGUAAUUGUAAAUUACUUUCUUUUUCGAUAAUAUUCUAUCGUACUGGGUCGUUAACGAACCAGAAGAAAACCGUCAUUUUAUGUUCCAUAUGCUGCGCAACGCUUUUUUAUUCCCCGUAAAAAAUUUUUAGGCGCAAAAGUUUUUAAACGUUUUCAAGAAAUUUAACGUAGGUUUAAUCGAAGUGAACGAGGAGUUUGAAAUUUGUAUCUUCGAAAUCGAACGAUUAAACGACAAACGCAGAUUAACGAAACAUAAAUGAUAAGAAGGAAGGUUCGCAGAAACCUUUUAACAAGCAUCGUACGACAGUUCCUCCCUUCUCAUUGUCCACGAGUAUCUCGAAUGUUUUUUCUACAAUACAAUCGUAGCUUUCUAUCCACGAAGAAACAUAGAAGACCAGAGUCUUUUUCUAAUCUUUACGGUCCAUCAGAUCUUUGUUAUAGCAAAUGUAUCAAUUCAGCAAACAUGUACACUAACUGGUCAAUGUAUGCACAUAUUGAUUUGAUGAGUUUACAUGUAUUGACAAAUUUUUACAUAUGCAUAAACAAAAAUGCAUUAAUUUAAAAAAGGAUAUGUAUUUAUUUUAUUUGAAAUAUUCUGAAUAUUCAUAGAUUUAUCAAAUAAAAUGUUACUAAGUUUUCAGUUUCAUUCUAUUGAUACUACAACAAAAUGUGAUCAAAGCAUCAGCAAUCUAUAACUUUCCACAGAAAUUUUCUAGUUUUAUACAGUGCUAUGUUUUAGGGAUUUAAAUGAUUUUUUUAUAAAAUAUACAAGUGAAUAAUUCUUUUCUUUUCUCUAUACAUAUGUUUCUUUCACAUACUUUGCAUUUCCAUUCGUCCGACACAGUUUCUAUACUUAUCACGCUGUUAUUAUGCUUCUACCAAUGUGUCGUACUAAGUAAAUAUAUUUAUCAAUUGUUAAUUAAUACUAAUUACAGGCAUUCGUGUGUUUCAUUCCUUUUAUAGUUACUUGCUAUCGACUACUGAUAAGAGAAACAUAUUAUCGCUAAUAUUUUCGCAAAGAAGAUAGCAAAUUUAACUGUAUGGAAAAUAAAUAAAUUUAUCGUUUGGUUAGUUAACAAUCGACGCGUAUAUAAAAUCAAACGAUAAUUGCAUACAUUAAUUACCAGUAUUAGGUGUAGUAUAUACGUUCACUGAAUUUCACACUUUUAUUACGACAAAUCAAACGUAUCCUCCUACGAUAUUGAACGAACAGUCUCGAGCGCGGAAUUUAAAAUGCAGCAGCGUGAAAUCGAGUUUUAUACCUCGUACCAAUUUUAGCGAAACGUCGUAAGAACUAAGAACGUAGAGACCAGAUUUUUCGAUUUCUAUUCGUGUACCAUUUUCCGUUCGUUCGUAACUACUAAAUGUACGCUUAAAAGGGAAAAAGAAAAAAAGAAAAAAAAAAAAAAGAAAGAGAUUCUGCGUGUAAAGCGAGACUACGAACAAACCUAUAGAUAUUCGAGCGAUUCUCGACGCGUCGUUCUCGAGAAAUCGUCGUCGAUGGCCGUUUAAAGGGAACUUUUUCGAUUCGAACGGCAAAUUUUCGCACGAAAGUUUCAUAGAGGAACAGAGGCUGAGAUAUAGCGGAAAGUAUUUGCGCAAUCACGAUAGACUUGGAGGCGGCAAAUCGCUUUCGAAAAUCCGCUAUCCGCGUAACUCUGUUCGUAGAUGUAUCUCGAGAAAUUCUCUGAUAACCUGUUGUACACACGCAUACAUACACGUACACGUACACGCGUAAAGACACAUAUACAGACACACGUAAAAUGUAAUACUUGAUCCUUGUGAAAGCUUCUUGUAAACCGACAUUUACGGGAAAUCGUAACUUCUUUACUUUUUAAAAUACGAGACGAUUGAAGAGGAAGAGGGAAAGAGAGAAGGAAAUACGCAAGGUCUCCCAUUACGAAGCGUUGAGCAUUUUGUAAAAGUUUUAUAAAUAGUUCUAUGUAGUUGAACAGCUGGACCAAUAAAAUGUAUAUCCGAUUGUA